AUGAAUCCCUACGAAGCAAACCCCGCGAAAAUCCCGCCAACAGACCGGUACGCCGAUGUACCGCUCUAUGGACGUUAUUUCCCUCAGCCUGACGACUUUAAGCCCGACACUAAACACAUAAAUUCCACCUCAAACGAGUCCCUUGCGUACUGGGCUUCGGUGCUGGAGAAGUGCGAUGCGUCUGUACGCAUUUACGAAAAUACAGAUGGCGGCCGCGAUGUAUUUGCGUUAGGAAGCGUUAUCAUUAAAUCAACCCAUCUCAAGCAACGUCUCGAGGGUCGACGAGGGGGUCGAGAUUAUUCAUACGCUGAUUCGAACGAAGUUGAGGCUACUGCUUUGAUAAAUGGCCGUGAUGUUCUUGUACAAGAAAGGAUUCCCGGAGUUGGGCUCAACAUCGCUUGGGACUACAUCUCUCAGAGCCAGAAGGUGUCGUUUAAGCAACAGGCACGAGAUGUUUUACGACGGUUGAAUGCGAUAAAACUGCCGCCUUCUCAAAGUAGUCGAUCCUAUAUCACGCCGGACCCGGACCCUGUCUCUCAUCGAGGCAUUCAAGAGUUGGAGAAUGAGAUAAUUUUCUCGGCCGAAAACAUCGAUCAUGAUCUCGGGUUUAUGCAUAAUGACUUUACUUUGUCUAACUGUAUAGUGGAUAAUGACAAAAUUGUUGGACUUGUUGACUGGGAGAUGGCAGGAUACUUUGGUUGGAAGACUGCAGGGGCUGUUCAUCUCCAGAUCCGGACACCUAAAAGAGAAAAUUAUGCUACGCUUAACUUGCCUGAAGAUUUUCUGAGCGAUAUUCUCUUCUGGAAUGAUCUUUACGAGGAGGAGUGA